AUGACCCUGGAGCUCAUUGGCUGUAAGGAGCAGGUGUGUCUGGAGCAGGUGUCUCAGGAGCAGGUGUGUCUGGAGCAGGUGGCUCAGGAGCAGGUGUGCCUGGAGCAGGUGUCUCAGGAGCAUGUGUCUCAGGAACAGGUGUCUCUGGAGCAGGUGUCUCAGGAGCAGGUGUCUCAGGAGCAGGUGUGUCUGGAGCAGGUGUCUCAGGAACAGGUGUCUCUGGAGCAGGUGUGUCUGGAGCAGGUGUCUCAGGAGCAUGUGUCUCAGGAACAGGUGUCUCUGGAGCAGGUGUAUCUGGAGCAGGUGUCUCAGGAGCAGGUGUCUCAGGAGCAGGUGUGCCUGGAGCAGGUGUCUCAGGAGCAUGUGUCUCAGGAACAGGUGUCUCUGGAGCAGGUGUCUCAGGAGCAUGUGUCUCAGGAACAGGUGUCUCUGGAGCAGGUGUGUCUGGAACAGGUGUCUCUGGAGCAGGUGUGUCUGGAGCAGGUGUCUCAGGAGCAGGUGUCUCAGGAGCAGGUGUCUCAGGACCAGGUGUCUCAGGAGCAGGUGUCUCAGGAGCAGGUGUGCCUGGAGCAGGUGUCUCAGGAGCAUGUGUCUCAGGAACAGGUGUGUCUGGAGCAGGUGUGUCUGGAGCAGGUGUCUCAGGAGCAGGUGUGUCUGGAGCAGGUGGCUCAGGAGCAGGUGUGUCUGGAGCAGGUGUGUCUGGAGCAGGUGUGUCUGAAGCAGGUGUGUCUGGAGCAGGUGUGUCUGGAGCAGGUGUGUCUGGAGCAUGUGUCUCAGGAACAGGUGUGUCUGGAGCAGGUGUGUCUGGAGCAGGUGGUUCAAGAGCAGGUGUGUCUGGAGCAGGUGUGUCUGGAGCAGGUGUGUCUGGAGCAGGUGUGUCUGGAGCAGGUGGUUCAAGAGCAGGUGUGUCUGGAGCAGGUGGUUCAAGAGCAGGUGUGUCUGGAGCAGGUGUGUCUGGAGCAGGUGUGUCUGGAGCAGGUGUGUCUGGAGCAGGUGUGUCUGGAGCAGGUGUCUCAGGAGCAGGUGUGUCUGGAGCAGGUGUCUCUGGAGCAGGUGUGUCUGGAGCAGGUGUCUCUGGAGCAGGUGUGUCUGGAGCAGGUGUCUCUGGAACAGGUGUGUCUGGAGCAGGUGUCUCUGGAGCAGGUGUGUCUGGAGCAGGUGUCUCUGGAGCAGGUGUGUCUGGAGCAGGUGUCUCUGGAGCAGGUGUGUCUGGAGCAGGUGUCUCUGGAGCAGGUGUGUCUGGAGCAGGUGUGUCUGGAGCAGGUGUGUCUGGAGCAGGUGUCUCUGGAGCAGGUGUCUCUGGAGCAGGUGUCUCUGGAGCAGGUGUGUCUGGAGCAGUGGAACAGCAACCCCUCCCAGGCUGUAGCCAAACACAAUGCCUGA